AUGCUCUGCAUUCUCAUUCUCCUUUUCGUGCGGCACAACAUCAAGAAUGAAGUGCAUCAUCACAUCAUCAGCUUCCAGAUCUGCAUUGCAGCUUAUGUUGAGAUUGCCAAUGCCUUGCUGGAUGUGCUUGCAAGAACCUUGACGGAUCAAGAGAAUCAUCGGACACAAACAGAAUAUGAAACAGCUCUCCUUUGCAAGGGGAUGGUGCUCAAGUUCGUGAACUCCUUCUUCGCCCUCUAUUACGUGGCCUUCUUCAAGGAGCAUCAGACGCUUUUCAGUGAGCCCAUGGAGUGCCUCAGAGACCAGUGCUUCCUGGACAUCCAAGCACAGCUGGGAAUCUUCGUGCUCUUCCGACUCUUAGUUUCCAACGUGGUUGAGCACUACUAUCCAAAAGUUCGCCUUUGGCUUCGGAGUUUGUCUUCGCAUGACAAGAUCACCUUCCAGACGUUGUACCACGGCCAUGCCCUGGAGUUGGCGGAGAUGUCGGCGACAGAGCAGCAGGCCAAGAAGGAGAGUCACCGCAACUUCGAUCAGUUUGACGAGAUGCUCCUGACGCAUGGCUAUGCCACACUCUUUGCAGUCACAUCCCCUUGGGUAUGCACUGCAACACUGUUGGCCGUCCUGGUGGAGAUCUGGGUUGACAUGAGAAGUCUCCUGGACAACAGGCAGCGCCCCUUCCCAACGCAGGCGCGCAACAACGAGCCUUGGGGUACCGCCUUUGAAAUCUACGGCGUGAUGGCAGCACUGACAAACGUGUUGUUGCUCAUCUUCACGUCCUCGCAGUACUCCAGCUGGACCAUCACUGAGAAGAUCGUCUUCUUUGCCUUCCUGGAGCACUUGAUCUUUGGCGCACGGUUGUUCGUUCAGAUCAUCUUCCCUCAGGUGCCGCAGGCCGUGGAGGUUCUGUCUCUCAAACAAGACAGUGUGGUCCACCGAUGCUUGGAGGGCAUCAAGGUGGAAAGCAACACGGACUUCAGUCUCUUUAGGGAAAGCCGUGUACAGGAGGACGUGCAGGUAUUCGGAUAUGACCUCCUCGAAACAGAUGAGGCUGACCUGACCUUGUCUUUGCGAGACAGUGGCAAGUCCAUGUACCAGGGAGUGAUUGACGAGGUUGGCACUCUGCGAGUCAACAUCGGCAUGCCAGUGAGCAAGUGA